CGAGUGACGUGACGCCGGUGUGACCACGGAGCGGCCGCAGCCGCGCCGGCCGAGCGGGCCUGGCGCUAUGCCCGCGCUGGCCGUUCGCGACCAGCAGCCCCUGGACUGCUCCAUGCCCGUUCGGCACCACCACGGGUCGGUGGUGUCAGGGCGCGGAGAUGUCGGCCUAGGAGUGGUGGGCGGCUACUUCAACACGCAGAUGGUGCUCGACCUCAAGGAGGAGUCCAGUGAUCUGAUAAAGUCUCCCUCACCGCCACCGAGCCACGACGGCUCGGCGAGCGGCGAGGGCGAGGCGAGCGGGGACGAGCAGCCGCCGUCCGCUGCGUUGCCGCUCGGGCGGCUGACGCACUCGACCACGGGGGCCGCCCCCGCGCGACCCGCGCACGGGCCCCACGCCGCGCACGCCGCCGCCAUACUCGGCGCGGCGGGCGCGGCCAACGCUAGCAGCGCGCUGGCGCAGCUGCAGCACCUCCUGCUGACUCAGCACGGAGCGCACUCCCUACUGCUGCAUACGCAGGUGCAGCAGGCCGUAGCGCAGGCGGCAGCACAACAGCUGCAGCAGCUCCAGGCCCGCGCACAUCAUGUUGCCGCCGCUCCGCACCCCCCAACAGACACGCGGUCGCCGUCGCCGCGCGGCUCACCGCCGGGCGCGGCCGCCUUCCUCACGCCGCACACGCCGGGUCCGGGUCGCGCGCGCUCGCCGCACUCGCACCCGCACGCGCUGCACACACACGGGCACGUGCACGGACCACAUUCGCCGCUGCACGCACACGCCCACAAGCCGCGCGCGCUCGACCCGGCCGACGAUACCGCCGACCUCGAGGAGCUCGAACACUUCGCCAAGACGUUCAAGCAGCGACGGAUCAAGCUCGGGUUCACGCAAGGCGACGUGGGUCUCGCAAUGGGCAAGCUAUACGGGAACGACUUCUCGCAGACGACGAUCUCGCGCUUCGAGGCGCUCAACCUGAGCUUCAAGAACAUGUGCAAGCUGAAGCCGCUACUGCAGAAGUGGCUGGAGGACGCGGACUCGUCGCUGAGUGGCGGCGGCGGCGCCACCUCGCUGGGCGCAGGUCUGGCAGAAGCUGUGGGUCGCCGCCGCAAGAAGCGCACCUCCAUCGAGUCGGGCGUGCGCGUGGCGCUCGAGAAGGCUUUCCUGCAUAAUCCCAAACCCACAAGCGAAGAGAUCGCUGCGCUCGCCGACUCGCUCUGCAUGGAGAAGGAGGUGGUGCGCGUGUGGUUCUGCAACCGGCGGCAGAAGGAGAAACGAAUCAACCCCCCCGCGGGAGAAGGUGGGGCGGGCGCAGCGUCUCCCGGCGGUUCGCUGCUCCCUGCACUCGCGCACAGCCUCUCGCACGGCGGCCUGGCCGUGCACGGGCUGCACGGGCCGCACGCAGUGCACGGGGCUCACGGGGCUCACGGGCCGCACGGGGCUCACGGGGCUCACGCGGCGCUGCAGGCGGCCGGGCUGCAGCCGCUGGCGCUUCUGGGUCGCGGGACGCCGCGCGACUGACGGCUCGCGCACGACUCGUAGACGUCAACCUCCGGAGCGAGCUGGACGUGCCCGUGUGGGUGCAGGUGUCGAAGUGUGCCACGUGCGGUGUGCGAUGUGCGAUCACUGUUGUGAACGACGACGGACUGCGGUGGACUGUAGCGAGCUACGGCGUGUAAUGAUUAUAAACUGAAUUAUUUAUAAAUAUUGUACAGAAUUUUAAUAGUAAAUAAUGUUAUUCUUUAUUUCAAUAUUUUAAAAUGAAAUCGAAUUUUAUUGAUUAAGUUGUAUAUUGGUCUCCCUGUUAUGUUUAUAUUAUAUUAUGUCGACUAUGUUUUACUUUUUGAGAUCGAAAUAUCAAUAAUAUUAUGGAUAGUGUGUAGAUAUAUUAUUAUUAUAGUACUCAGCGAGUGUGGUAUACGAAGGUGUGCGAGGCGGGCGGGGGCGUGCGAGGGCAGGUGUCUGAGGAGGGCCCUCGCCCGCCGUGCAGAUUGCAGAACUCAUAUCAAUUAGCGUAUGCAGCGGUUGUAAGGUGGAUGUGUAGAAAUGUAUGUUACAAUAAAACAUCAUAGAUCAUUAUAA